AGAGAAGGAGAAGCGCGUUCUUGCGUUCUAGUCCCAGUACAGCGUGGAGGGCUUAGGGAACGUGUUCUGAUUCUGUGCGGGACGGCUAGCACGUUUGUGCUUUGCCCGCCGCGGCUUAGGGGACUUUUUGGGACCGUGUAGUCGGUGUUUUUGAACUGAGUCCACAGCUCGUGGUGGGCCGUGCGGCGCCCUGACCCGGCCUCACCAUGUUGGUGCUGUUUGAAACAUCUGUGGGCUACGCCAUCUUUAAGGUUCUAAAUGAGAAGAAACUUCAAGAGGUUGAUAGUUUAUGGAAAGAAUUUGAAACUCCAGAGAAAGCAAACAAAAUAGUAAAGCUAAAACAUUUUGAGAAAUUUCAGGAUACAGCAGAAGCAUUAGCAGGGCUGAUUUUCCCCAUGUGUGAGGAGAGGUGAGAAGUGGUUAAGUUGAUCUCCCUGUGGAAACCAGCAACAUAAUGCUGAAGCACAAUUCAGUAAAAGGUGUUCUACAAGGGACCAAGCAUUCACAGCUCUGAUGGAGGGCAAAAUCAAUAAGCAGCUGAAGAAAGUUCUGAAGAAAAUAGUAAAAGAAGCCCAUGAACCUCUGGCAGUAGCUGAUGCUAAACUAGGAGGGGUCAUAAAGGAAAAGCUGAAUCUCAGUUGUAUCCAUAGUCCUGUUGUUAAUGAACUUAUGAGAGGAAUUCGUUCACAAAUGGAUGGAUUAAUCCCUGGGGUAGAACCACGUGAAAUGGCAGCUAUGUGUCUUGGAUUGGCUCACAGCCUGUCUCGAUAUAGAUUGAAAUUUAGCGCUGAUAAAGUAGACACAAUGAUUGUUCAGGCAAUUUCUUUGUUAGAUGACUUGGAUAAAGAACUAAACAACUACAUUAUGCGAUGUAGAGAAUGGUACGGCUGGCAUUUCCCUGAAUUAGGAAAAAUUAUUUCAGAUAAUUUGACAUACUGCAAGUGUUUACAGAAAGUUGGCGAUAGGAAGAACUAUGCCUCUGCCAAACUUUCUGAGUUGCUGCCGGAAGAAGUUGAAGCAGAAGUGAAAGCAGCUGCAGAGAUAUCAAUGGGAACAGAGGUUUCAGAAGAAGAUAUUUGCAAUAUUCUGCAUCUUUGCACCCAGGUGAUUGAAAUCUCUGAAUAUCGAACCCAGCUCUAUGAAUAUCUGCAAAAUCGAAUGAUGGCCAUUGCACCCAAUGUUACAGUCAUGGUUGGGGAAUUAGUUGGAGCACGGCUUAUUGCUCAUGCAGGUUCUCUUUUGAAUUUGGCCAAGCAUGCAGCUUCUACCGUUCAGAUUCUUGGAGCAGAAAAGGCACUCUUCAGAGCCCUCAAAUCUAGACGGGAUACCCCUAAGUACGGUCUCAUUUAUCAUGCUUCACUUGUAGGCCAGACAAGUCCCAAACACAAAGGAAAGAUUUCUCGAAUGCUGGCAGCGAAAACUGUUUUGGCUAUCCGUUAUGAUGCUUUUGGUGAGGAUUCAAGUUCUGCAAUGGGAGUUGAGAACAGAGCCAAAUUAGAGGCCAGGUUGAGAACUUUGGAAGAUAGAGGGAUAAGAAAAAUAAGUGGAACAGGAAAGGCAUUAGCAAAAACAGAAAAAUAUGAACACAAAAGUGAAGUGAAGACGUAUGAUCCUUCUGGUGACUCCACACUUCCAACCUGUUCUAAAAAACGCAAAAUAGAACAGGUAGAUAAAGAGGAUGAAAUUACUGAAAAGAAAGCAAAAAAAGCCAAGAUUAAAGUUAAAGUUGAAGAAGAGGAAGAAGAAGAAAAAGUGGCAGAAGAAGAAGAAACAUCUGUGAAGAAGAAGAAGAAAAAGGGUAAAAAGAAACACAUUAUGGAACAACCACUUUCUGAGGAAGAACCAUGUACCAGCACAGCAAUUGCUAGUCCAGAGAAAAAGAAGAAAAAGAAAAAAAAAAGAGAUAACGAGGAUUAACAGAAAGGAAUUACAAGUGUAUCACCUGGACACAUCAUGCUUAAGAUUCAACUGGGAGCAUACCAGGGAUGCUCUCUAACAUAACCAAGGGAAGGUUCAGUAAAACAAAGUGAUUUAUCAUCUAUAACUUCAAACCUAUUUGUGUCUUGACAUCAACUCUGUUAACAUCAUCACUUUCUAGAGUCUUUGAUAUACAAAUAAAAUUUUCUUUGUAUUUUAA